AUGGUUGCAACCGGUGCUACUCAAAUUAAUGAAAAAAUGAAACAGUAUACAACGCCUAGUGAACGGUUUUAUGCGCGAUGUGGGAAGACAAUUGAAAAAAUAAAGAAUCAUCAUACACUUGCCCAAUGUAAGCAUGCUACUCACGAAAUACCCACUACUUCAAUCGAUAUCAAGAAAGAAGAAGACGAUAGUGAAAAUGUGAAACCGAAUUUUGUUGAGCCAACUAUGCUUAAUGAAAUUCGUUCUCGAACGUUCUCACAUUGGUCAAUCGCACAUCCAAGUAAAACACAGAUGAUUGAAGCUGGCUUUUUCUAUACGAAUGUUAACGACAGGGUUUUAUGUAUACAUUGCAAUUUAAUUUGCCAGCAAUGGGCAGAGGAAGAUGAACCAGAAGAAGUACAUAAAUUACUCUCACCCAAUUGUUGUUACUUUACGCGUUAUUUGAAACUCACGCGUCCAAUCGUAAAUGAUCAAUCCUUAUCGAUCAUAAACACUAGUGGAAUAGUUUUAACCUCAGCGUGUCAUGGAGAGUAUAUCGAGCUACAAAAACGCGAAGCAACAUUUAGUACAUGGCCUAAAGAUCAACAAUCCCCUUCGAUACAUGAUUUUAUUCAAGCUGGCUUCUACUAUACGGGUUUGAAAACGAUAGUGACUUGUUUCUUCUGUAACGGUUCACUUCAAAACUGGAGUUCUCAGGAUCGACCUCACAUUGAGCAUGCGAGAUGGUUUCCACAUUGUAAUUUUAUUAGACAAUUCUGUGGUAAUGAUUUAUAUCAACGAAUUCAACAAACGAAACAAGUGAAAAAACAAACUGAAACUACUGGCGGUACAAAGUUGCAGACAUUAGAUGAGAAUACGUUGUCAAAAAUGGUCGCUUCUCGUUUGGAUACACAAAUUGCACAACGUCUGUCGAAUCAGUUCAAAGUAUCGAUUAUCAAACGUGCUUAUGAAGAUCAGUUAAGAUUAAAACUUGAUGAUUUUGCUACGCCUAACGAUUUGUUUGUGGCGUGCCUCAUUCUUCAAAAACAAAUUGAAAACAUCAACGGAAACAAGGAUAAAAUUGUUAUACCAACAGAAAAAUUAAAACAAAUAAAACAGAAAGAAAAUCAAACAAUAGAAAAUGAUAGAAAAUGUGAAUAUGAAACAGAAGUUAAACUUAAAGCAUCUGAAAUCAACAUUUGUGUCUUGUGUCGUGAAGAAGAAAAACAGCUGGCCUGUAUCCCGUGCGGUCAUCUAUGUACCUGUACUAAAUGUUCACAAGAACUUCAGUUAUGUCCAAUUUGUAAAGGAAAAAUACAAGCAUUUGUCAAAGUUUAUGUUUGA